AUGGGCCGGGUUUGCAAAGCGGACAGCCUCCCAUUGACCUACUCCGAACUUACGUACAUCUGCUUCUUCUACCUCUUCCUGCUGAUAAGUUUCCUAGUAUGGUGUGUACGCAAAAAUAGAUUUAGAAACCAAAUAAAUGAAAGGCAUAAAUGGAAGAAUACCGAAUCCCACGGAAAAAAUGAAAAUGUCGAAUUUUUUAACUACAUUUUUGAGCAGGGCGAAGAAGACGACUCAGAUGACAUUGUAGUUCGACAAGAAGGGUACCAAAAUAGUUUUGUCGGCUUUGCACUGAAAAAUGCAUCCAUCUUCCUGUACGUAUGUACCCAUAUCAUUAUCGUCUUCUUAAUUGCAAAUGAGUAUUGCAUACACGAGGGGGCUGAAAUCUUCUGGAAUGAUCGUGCCUUUAUUUUCUUCAUUUUUCUCCUCCUCUGUUUUUCCAUUACGUAUGGAAUUUUGACAGUGAGAAAGCAUCUGCAGAGCUUUUUUUUGAAACCCUCUCUUCUAAAGGAAAGUGAUUAUGUCUUGAUAUACACCAGGAGCGAUGACUACGCCAACAGGGGUAAGAGUUCCCUUAGGCGAAGUUUCUUCCAUGCCCUUAGUUGGGCUAAGAGAUGGUAUCACAUGUUGGGAAAACGUUUCCGACAUUAUGCAAAUGUGUAUAUGAGCUACCAGGCGAUGAUAAAGCGUACACUUUUUUUAGAAUUUUUGAAAUGGAGCUUCAUUCACGGGGACGCAGAAUUUGGAAGUACGCGCUCAGGCAACAGUCAGGAGGAGAGAUGUCACCCUCUUGGGGGUGGACAAAAGGAUAGCCACCAUAUAAAAUAUGAAGACAUUUUGGAAGAUACUCGUUUGUUAAGCGGAUACACGAGGAAGGGAUAUUCUUUGGGUCACCACGAAAAGGGGGCCAACAAAAUAGCAGGAAAGGCGACGGGAAAAACGGGAGGAAAAGCGGAAUCGCGGGUAGGGAACAAGGCAGAAGCCUCUUCCCCACCCCUGACAGUACACAAGAUAAAGGUGCAGAUAAACGAAAAAAAUAUGCGCUACUUCUUCUUCAGAAGCAUGAAGUACGUAUACAACGAGGAGAAGGACGCAUUCCACAACAUUGCGCACACCAUUGAGGAAAAGGUGCAAAGCCUCGACUUCAACUACUUAUUAAAAAAAGGAGGACUGAACAAUAGCGAAAUUAUUAACAACCUAAAUGACUACGGUUACAAUAAUAUACACCUUGAAUUCUGCUCCUUUUUUAAAAGCAUAAAAAGAGAGCUAUUAGAUGGUAUCUACAUGUUCCAGCUAUUCAUAACGUACAAAAAUUUUUUCUGGAAGGAGAUGAUAACUUCGCUCAUUUGGCUAGUCAUCUCCUUCAUAAGCGUUGUCAACAAAAUUAUGAAAAAUCAAAAAAAUAAAAGAGAAAUUUAUGACAAUAUCCAGUCCACCAACAACACCGUCGUGACUGUCUAUAGAAAUUCAAUCGUUCAACAUGUUCCCUCCAGUAACUUAACCAUAGGAGAUGUGAUAAUUAUCAAUUCAAAGAUGACUAUGCCGUGUGAUUGUCUUCUACUGACGGGUCAAGUUUUAGUAGAUGAAAGUUUGUUAACUGGGGAAUCCAGACCAAUGAAAAAAACGUGCAUAUCGAAUUUGAGUUCCUUCAACUCCUUUAACAAUAGGACAUAUUCAUCUUCUAGUGAUUCUUUUUCCUUUGGAGGAACCUCCAAGGAGAAGAAACAACAAUGGAAGAAUACCUCACCACAUGCAGCCAAUCCGAUGAGUGGAAAUUUCACCGGCAAUACUAAUCAUGAGAAAUUUACCAAGGGGAAGUACCAGAACGCGAAGCGAAAUUUCCAUCAAAAUAAUAUUCUAUACUCCGGCACGGACAUCAUUUCCACGAUGAAUUCCACAGAAAGCAUCUACGCUGUGGUGAUCAGUGUGAGCAUAUAUACCUACAAGGGAAAGUACAUGCAGAAUGUUCUCUUCCCAAAUCCACUCCUUUUCAAAUACGACUCACAACUACCCAUCGUCUUUCUCUUCACAAUUCUCUUUUCGCUAAUAUGCAUGUACUUCCAAAUACGUUCCUUGGGAUUUAACAUGACCUCAAUAUUUUACACCAUCGGGACAAUGUCACAGAUAUUACCUGUCUGGACCCCGGUUGUUCUGAACAUGGGGUUAAAUAUAUCAACCAACAGAUUGAAGGAGGAAAAAAACAUUCGGUGCAUUGCUCCAUCAAGAAUUCCCAUUUGUGGAAAAAUUAGAAUAUUUUUUUUUGACAAAACGGGCACACUGACAGGCCACAAAAUUGAAUUUUCAGGCGUUCAUUUUAGCAAUAACGUUUUGAAUGAACAGAGGGUACAUCUGUCUGCACUGGAUAACCAUAGCAGGAGCGUAUCCGACGAUACGUACGAUGUGAAGUAUGAAAGUUAUUACCCAUCCAGUAAAGUGAACAUGAGUUCGGUUAGGAAGAAUGGAUCGCCUAGAAUGGAGUCUGCCCAUCCGGUGGAAAGCAGCCUCCCCCAUGGAGCGACUUCCUCCUCGGGAGGUAGCUCACGUAGAGAUAAAAAUUUUGUAGCGCCGGAAAGCCAAAAGGGGGAAGACCAUUUAGUAACUCUGGAUCAUAUGGACGGGUCAGGUCGCACAAACGAGGAAGGCCCCUUAGCAGAGAUGGAUCAUAGGGACGAAGCAGACCGCGCAGGUGGGGAGUCUGUGCGCUCCCUUUACUCAAGCGUCGAGGAGGAAGAUUUCCCCGCGGUGGCCGAUUUAGUCCAAGCCGCGAGCAGCGCGAAUAGAAACGAAGGAGAUUUGGCUCUAGGCGAAAGCGGCCUGGUUAUAGGGGGUAGCGGCCUAGUUGUAGGGGGUAGCAGCCUAGUUGUAGGGGGCAGCAGCCUGGUUGUAGGCCAAAUGGGAGUAAAUACUGAUGACAUGAACCGCGUGAGGGAAACCCCCGACGGAGACGAAGCCAGCCAACUCUCCAGCGGAGACGUAUUCCAAAGCUACGACGAAACGGAUGAAAAUAAAAACCUCGAAAAUCAGGAGAAGGAUAUUUCCCCUGGGGGGGAAGAGGAACAUGAAAGGAACCCCGAUGAUGGAGAACACAUUGAAGGAGGUAACCUUUCAACUUUGCCAAAUGACGAGAUGAAAAUUUUCGACGAAGAACCAUUUUUACGUGAAGAGGUGGAACAACACCCCCCCGAGGGAAAUAGCAUUUCCAUCGAUAUGGACACAGAUGAAUCCCCAAAGAGAGCCAAGAAGGAGAAGGAAAAUACCCCCAUUGUGGGACGUGAAAAUGCCAGUCAAAAGUCAGCCGAAGAAGAAGCAGAGCAGACGGAAGGAGAAGAAGCACCGAUGAGAAGCUGCCACUUCAAUGAAUCCAAUUCUUCCAUGAAUUCUGUGACAUCACUCCUUUACAAUAGCAAACUGAUGUGGGCAAAUAAAGCCACCCUGAAAAAUACCCCUCCAAGUUAUCACUUACUAGUGUAUGCCCUGGCAGGAUGCGCCUGUGUGUACAGCGAUACCAACACGGACAAUGUAUAUGGACACGAAAUAGAUAAAAGAUUAUUCGAAGCCACGGAAAUGAAAAUAAGUAAUUACAUUAAUAAACACAACAUGAACGUGAAAAAAGUGUCGCUAAAAAUUAAUUACACAUAUAAAUAUUUCGACAUUUUGAAGACAUUUGAAUUUGAUUACUUCACAAAAAUAUCGACCACGCUAGCAUAUGGGUACUUUGAUUUCGGGGAGAAAAUUUUUGUAGUUUUUUCAAAAGGCUCUUUUGAUAAAAUUUACAAAAAAUGCAUUAAAAAUGAAGAAAUACAAUUUUUUAAAAAGAAAGAACAAGAAUAUAGUAAAAAUGGUUUCUACGUAAUUGGAUUAGCUUUUAGAAUCAUAUGUGGCAUGUCUUUUCAGGAAAUAUUACAGCUACCAAGGGAGGAGUUAGAAAAGGAUAUGAGCUUCUUAUCGCUCAUCAUGUUUAGCAAUUACAUCAAGAAGGAUGCCGAGUUGGUUGUUCAAACGUUGAAGAGCUCUUCCAUCAGACCAGUCAUUCUUACUGGCGAUAAUGCGUACAAUUGCCUCUACGUAGGUAAUAAAAUUGGUCUCUUCAAUAGCAUUAACUUUUACGAAUCCUUCCUCUCCAUCAAUAUGAACUCGAACACAAACACCAGCUCCAACUCGGCGGAGAAAAUACUAAACGAACGAGAAAACCUCUUCCUUUCCACCGAGACGAAAUUUUUGUCUUUUGAAAAUUUUAUCAAAUCGAACGCACAAGUAGGAAAGGGCGACGAAGAAAGUGUCCUUGGGACAGCGGCCAACAACUUUGCCCAGUCCUCUCAUCAGCAGGCGGAAUACCACGCUGAUUUCUACGUCCCACAGCGAGAGGGUACUGAUGGGUUCGGGCAAAGGAGAAGGGACGGGGCUCUUCCUAUAGGACGAACACAUACAAAAGGGGAAGAAGUGGGAAAAGUACAAAAUAAUAACCUCUUCAUGGGGGCAUCUUCCAAAAUCUACCGCGAUAUGGAUGAGGACUACACGGGGGGCGAAAGGACGACACUGAUCCAACGAGGACAAACGUCUGCAAAGGGGGGCUUGGAAAAUGGACAUGCUCCCCCCCACCAAGGAAGCAGCGCUAAAAGCCGAAACAGUUACAACAGUGUGGACGAAUACAAGGCAGACCGAGGGAGCGAGGACAGGGGGGAAGAGGAACCCUUCCUCGAAGCAGUUAGCCAAAUGAAUCCACCGCAAAGCAAAAACUCCUACUACAUUUACGAACAAAACGAACAACGAAGCGAAAAUGUUAUUAUCUACGGAUACGUGCAAGAAGCCUCGAGCGACCUUAUAUUCGUGAACAUACAAAAUGAUAAAAGAGUUAAUUCAGAAGAAGUGCUCUUUGGGAAUAUGUACAAAGAAAUUAUUUUAACAGGGGAAGCAUACACUUACAUAAAGCACACUAUAUUUCACAUCUCCAAUGAAGAGGAAGAUAUAACUUCCUAUAGUAACUUUGAGAAGUCGGAAGGAUAUAAAAACUUUCUUCUACGUGUACGAAUUUUCUCCAGGUUAACUCCAAAUAACAAGAUGGAUAUCAUCAAGGAUUUCAUAAAAUACGACUACAUCUCUGGUAUGUGUGGCGAUGGAAGUAAUGAUUGUGGAGCUCUAAAAAUUUCUCAUGCAGGGUUAGCCUUAUCAGAUGCGGACACCUCAGUUGUAUCUCCAUUUAGUAGCAAAAAUGAAAAUAUAAAAAGCGUCAUUGAUGUUUUGAGAGAAGGUCGAGCUUGUCUAGUCACAUCUAUUAACUGCUACAAGUAUAUGUUACUCUACGGGUUCAUGAUAUCAGUUGUAAAGAUUGUUCUUUUUAUGAAUGCUCAUGCAGUUAUGUCUGAAUAUGGCUACCUGUUCUUCGAUAAUGUCAUCCUUCUAUUGCUAGCUAAAUCCAUGACACUUUCCAGGCCAGCUAGGAAAUUAAAAACGCAAACUCCCACCUCAAGUAUCAUUGGUGCGCAGACUAUCAUUUCUUUACUCUCCAAUUUGGUUGUUAACUUUUUUUUUCUUUAUAUAAUUAUGGUGCACUUUUUUUAUGUGUAUGAAUUACCAUCGUCUUAUGAUAUGAACAGCUCUGCUCCCAAGUCUUCUUGGUGGCUCAUGAGCGACAACUACGAGAGCUUCUUGGCCUGCGUGUGGUUCUGUUUCCAAAUUGUCAAUAGCGCCUUCAUUUUUACCUUCGGCGGGAAGUACCGCAAGUCCAUCUUCUCCAACUAUACCUUCAUGGGGUACUACUGCCUUAUCAACAGCUUCCUGUUCUACCUGACAGUCGGAGGGCCAAACCGACUCACGUGCCUCUUCCGAAUGAACUGCAACGACGAAGUUUCCAGAAAAACGAAAUUCAAAAUUCUAGACUUAUUCUCCUACUCAGCUAGCGGACUAAGUUUCUACGGCCCAAACGGAAACAACAUUCUCACCACAGGCCACAAAAUCAAAUUCCUUUUUCUAAAUUUUCUUAAUAUUGCCGUUAACAUUUGCAUAUCCAAGUACGUUUUGUGCGAGCCUCUGUACAACAUGGUAAGGCGGUUCUUCAACUUCCAAAAUAGGAAGGUCCCCGUUUAG